CCUCCUCACCGGCGGCGGCCAUUUUCUCUCUGCUGUGUGCCGACCGAGUGCGGAAGUGGCUGAAAACUUAAGGGUUCCGCCUUUAGAUUCGCCACUUACCUCACACUCCUGCUUUCUGUCCUCAGAAAGAGUCAGUAUCAGUAACAAAACCAGCGCAGAGAGCAGAAAUGGCUGGGCGGUUGCCGGCGUGCGUUGUGGACUGCGGUACAGGGUAUACUAAACUUGGAUAUGCAGGAAACACAGAGCCUCAGUUCAUCAUUCCAUCAUGCAUUGCCAUCAAAGAAUCAGCCAAGGUGGGUGAUCAAGCCCAAAGGAGGAUGAUGAAGGGCGUGGACGACCUUGACUUCUUCAUCGGAGAUGAAGCAAUUGACAAGCCCACUUAUGCCACCAAGUGGCCGAUUAGGCAUGGUAUCGUAGAGGACUGGGAUCUAAUGGAGAGGUUCAUGGAGCAGGUCAUCUUUAAGUAUCUGAGGGCAGAGCCUGAGGACCAUUACUUCCUACUGACCGAGCCACCUCUGAACACACCAGAGAAUCGUGAAUACACAGCAGAGAUUAUGUUUGAGUCCUUCAACGUGCCAGGAUUGUACAUCGCCGUGCAGGCAGUCUUGGCUCUAGCAGCAUCCUGGACCUCUCGGCAGGUUGGAGAGAGGACCCUAACUGGUACGGUCAUUGACAGCGGAGAUGGAGUCACCCACGUCAUCCCUGUGGCGGAAGGCUAUGUGAUUGGCAGCUGUAUAAAGCACAUCCCCAUUGCAGGGAGAGACAUCACCUACUUCACACAGCAGUUGUUGAGGGAGAGAGAGGUGGGCAUUCCACCUGAGCAGUCCCUAGAGACUGCUAAAGCUGUCAAGGAGCGUUUCAGUUACGUGUGUCCUGACCUGGUGAAGGAGUUUAAUAAGUACGACACAGAUGGCUCAAAAUGGAUAAAGCAGUACACUGGCAUCAACGCCAUCAGCAAGAAAGAGUUCACCAUUGAUGUUGGAUACGAGCGCUUCCUUGGCCCAGAGAUAUUCUUUCACCCUGAGUUUGCCAAUCCAGACUUCACCCAGCCAAUCUCAGAAGUGGUGGAUGAGGUUAUCCAGAACUGUCCCAUUGAUGUGCGUCGUCCUCUCUAUAAGAACAUUGUUCUGUCAGGAGGGUCUACCAUGUUCCGCGAUUUUGGCCGGCGUCUGCAGAGAGAUCUGAAGAGAACUGUUGAUGCUCGUUUGAAACUCAGCGAGGAGCUCAGCGGGGGAAAAUUAAAGCCGAAGCCCAUUGAUGUGCAGGUCAUCACUCACCACAUGCAGCGCUAUGCCGUGUGGUUCGGAGGAUCCAUGCUGGCCUCAACACCUGAGUUCUACCAGGUGUGUCACACCAAGAAGGAUUAUGAGGAGAUCGGCCCCAGCAUCUGUCGCCACAACCCUGUAUUUGGUGUCAUGUCUUAAGAGUCCUCUGAUCUGCAUACACACGUUUUCACACACACAUUAACACAGGAUUUGCGGGGUGGGCUUGUGGUAGGGGCUGGGGAAAUGGAGCGGGCAAAUGGAGAGAGAGAGCUCAUUUCGGUUAACACCAAACCUGUCUGCUGGAUCCAGAUGAUGAAUGGUUUGUUUAUUUGUUUUUUUGUUUGUUUGUUUUUUGUUAUUCCCGGUACAAGGGAAAUGUGGUUACUAGACCAAAAUGACUCCAGCUCUUCUCUGCCUCUCUGCUCAGUAAUACAUGGGAGUCUAAAAAACAAACAAAAGUGAAUGAGUUUGGAAACAAUAAUAUUGACAUUCAUGUUGGUGAUGAUGCAAAAGACUCUGCUGGCAUUACUUACGUUUAAAGCAAAUGGGGGAUAGAUGAGCAAAGUGACUCAAGUGACCAGAUUCUAAAAGACGUUAACCAUGCCAGUCCUCUCCCCCUGUUCCUUCCUGAUGCCUCAUGCAUAAUGGGUCAAGCAGGGGGGGGAUUCAAACCAGAUAAAGCAAAAUAACUUUAUUCUACAUCUUUAAUUCUUUUUGCGCUCUCAAGUUUAAAAAAGAAAAUCUCUAUUACCUUAUGUAUUUCAUUUUUCUUGCCUUUGCCAUCAAAUUAGUUUUAAAUAUGUGACUGCUUUUACCUCCAAUCAUAUCAUAUAUUUCCACGUUCCUCAAUAUUAAAAAGGAAAAGCGUCUAUCAAUAAUAGGACUAUGAUGAGCUUGAAUGGGAAUGACUAUCAGACCAGUAUUGCUAACUUAGUGGUCUUUUUUUUUAUUUUAUUGAACAUCAAACUACAGCAGGUUUGGAUUUGUAAAUGCAAUGCCUAAAACAUUCCAAUAAAGGCUUAAAGUGGUUUCUACAAAA